AUGUUGCAGCUCUUAUCUUCUCCUCCAAUGACGGUUUUCUACAAACCCAUCACAAACCAUCGGUUUACAGACUCCGGUUUACUCUCUUCUCGUUCAAUUCUCACCGUCGGUGGUUUCGCCGGAAAAAUCGUCUCUGUAAAACCGACGGCGAGGUUGAAACUAUCGGUGAAGUCUCGUCAAGAUGAUUACUUUGAGAAACAGAGGUUCGGUGACUCGUCUUCCUCACAAAAUGCUGAAGGAUCUUCUCCAAGAUAUUACGUGGGUCAUUCGAUUUACAAAGGGAAAGCUGCUCUUACAAUAGAGCCUCGAGCUCCAGAGUUUGUGGCUUUAGAAUCUGGUGCGUUCAAGCUUACAAAAGAAGGGUUCUUGCUGCUCCAGUUUGCUCCUGCAGCUGGUGUUCGUCAAUAUGAUUGGAGCAGGAAACAGGUUUUCUCGUUGUCGAUAACAGAAAUCGGUCAUUUAGUUAGCCUUGGCCCGAGGGAAUCGUGUGAAUUCUUCCAUGAUCCGUUCAAGGGAAAAGGUAGUGAUGAGGGUAAAGUGAGGAAAGUAUUGAAAGUUGAACCCCUCCCAGAUGGUUCUGGUCGUUUCUUUAACCUGAGUGUUCAAAACAAGCUUUUGAAUAUAGAUGAGAAUGUAUACAUACCAAUCACUAAAGCCGAGUUUGCUGUUCUUAUCUCUGCUUUCAACUUCAUAUUGCCGCACCUUAUAGGCUGGAACGCAUUUGCAAACUCUAUCAAACCAGAAGAGUCUAACCGUCUUAAUAAUGUGUCACCUAAGUAUGGAGGAGACUACGAAUGGAGUAGAUGA